GAACACUGUUGAACACAUUCUGCAAUCGUGCAUGCCUUGUCAAUUGUUUUUUUUGUAUUGAGUAGCUACGAAACAUUUAUCAAGGAUCGUUUUGUAGUUGUUCGCGUGGUUCGUAUGGACGAGAACUCUGUUGCUUAUUUCAAUUGAAGCGUUCGUGACGCGCGGCUGUGAUUGGCGCGCAUCUAUUAAACCAUCAAAAUUCUUAAGACACCGCAAUCAAUAAACUCAUUGGUCGUGAGGAUGGUUUCUGUGAUCUUUGUUAUAACAACCGCUCUUUUGUGAUCAACGGCUACAGUGUGAUGUAGACGACGCUGAAUUUAAGAUAUUUUCCUACUAAUUGCUGUUUUUUAUUUCCAAAAUCAUGUUCAUACGGGGAGCCUUAUUGGUUCAACUACUGUUGCUAUUAAAUAUAAUAGUUGAACUAGACACAGCUAAACCUUGGGGCAACAAACAAUUAUUUCCUCCACACUUAAUACCAGAUAAUGCACUACAUCCUCGAAGGUCGGUGGUGCGAAGAAAAAUAGUUCUUUAUCAUAAUUUCUUCCGUACUAAAGUACGACCUAGUGCCGCUAACAUGCUGCUAAUGACGUGGCACGCAGAAGCAGCCCGACAAGCACAGCAAUACGCAGAAAAGUGCAUGUUCUUAAAGCACAAUGACGUCAGGGAAAACCAAGUCCCACACCUCGGUACAUGCGGCCAGAAUCUGUUUGUAGCCGCACAGAAAACCCCGUGGUUCUUCGCAAUUAAGACAUGGUAUCUGGAAUACCAGAAUUUCACAUAUGGGAAUCCUGUAUAUAACCUGAAGACUAUUGGCCAUUACACGCAAAUGGUGUGGGCUACCAGCCAUAAGGUGGGCUGUGGUGUGGCCCAUUGCAGAGGUGGACCAUGGGGACAGUUCUAUAACUACGUGUGCCAUUACUGUCCUGGGUAA